AUGAGUCUUCUCAACGGAUGGUUUCGCAGCGCCAACACGAGCGCCGACUCGCUCAACGCCGAAACAUUUGUCGCGGGGGAGCGAGAAAACCUCGCCGACGCACUGAAAUGGACCGGGCUCAUCAUGAACGACGACAUUGACGGCGCCUGGCAAGGCCUGGAGAAGGGCGAGUCGUCAUUCCACAGCCUCGGAGCCGCAGUCACCUUUUUCAUGCGCUCCAUCCUCGGCUUCGAGAAGCACGUCAUGGCCCAGACGGCCGCCAAGCUGGCCGACUGCGAGACGAGGGCCUUGGCCGAUUACAAAAAGUCCCAAAAGUACGCCGUUUCCCGGCACGCCGCGAGCAGGGUGUACCCCCCGGGCACCGAGUACGAGCUCGUCCGCGCCCAGACCCAGCUGAUGAGUGCCGUCGUGGGCGUUCUCAACGAGAGCCUUGUCGAGGGCAUGAAGAGCUUUUACAAGCUGCGCAAGGCCUUUAUCAUCCUUGAUGGCAUAGUGGCUGUCGAGGCCAAGGCCGCGGCGGCCGGCUCGCGCUCGUCAACGCCGGGACGGGGAGCGCAAACCCCCAACGGCGACAUGGACAACCAUGUCGACAACGCCUCGCCGUCGACGCAUGUGGACAGCGUUCCCCGUCCACCCUCUGGGGACUCGAACGGCGAGCCCCCGGCUGCCCCCCUCGACACGGACCUGGAGGUGACUGACGCCGUCGACGCCUUCAUCCACUCGGGCACAAACAUGUGCUUCGGGCUCAUCCUGCUCAUCCUGAGCCUGGUGCCGCCGGCAUUCUCGCGGAUGCUGUCCAUGGUGGGCUUCCGCGGCGACCGGGUCCGCGGCGUCGGCAUGCUCUGGCGCUCCGCCGCGCACAAAAACAUCAACGGCGCCAUGGCCGGCAUGAUGCUGCUCGCCUACUACAACAGCCUCCUGGGCACCGUCGACAUCUUGCCCAGCGCCGGCGACUACGACCAAGACGCCGAGUCGGUCGGCCCGCCACGCGACAAGUGCAGAGAGCUCCUCGCCGACCUGCGCGGCCGCUAUCCAGACUCGCGGCUGUGGCGCGUCGAGGAAUCCCGCCUCCACGCCAACGACAAAAAGGUCCGCGAGGCAAUCGACGUGCUGUCCUCGGGCAAGGAGUCCACCAUGAAGCAAGUCACGGCCGUCAACGACUUUGAGCUCGCCAUCAACGCCAUGAUCCUGCAGAGAUGGGCCCUCAUGCGCGACACCUUCCUGCGCUGUCUCGAGAUCAGCGACUGGAGCCACGGCGUGUACUACUACAUGGCCGGCUGCGCGUCCCUCGAGCUGUACCGCGACGCCCACCACGCCGGCGACGAGACCGGGGCGCUGGUGCACAAGGCCAAGACGCACGAGUACCUCCGCCGGGCGCCCCAGGUCUCUGGCAAGCACCGCCUCAUGGCCCGCCAGCUGCCGCUCGAGGCCUUUAUCCAGCGCAAGUUGCAAAAGUGGGAGGAGCAGGCCAGGGCGCACGGCGUCGACCUGGCCGACGCCAUUGGGCCCUCGCCCGCCGUCGAGAUGUGCUACUUUUGGAACGGGCAGAAGCGCAUGUCGGAGGAGCAGGUGGGCGAGGCCAUUGCCCACCUCGGCUGGGAGAGGUGCACCGCCGACGCCGACGUCGUGAGCGCCCUGCGGCGGGAAAGGGACGACGUGGCCGUUUGGGCGAUUGGCAUGGCGGCGCUGUUGCGGGCGCAGGGGAAGAUGGACGAUGCGGCAAAGAUUCUCCAAGACAAUGUCCUGGCGUAUGAUGGAUCAGUGUUCAAGGGCACCCACAAGGACGACUACGUGCUGCCCGUGGCCACGUACGAGCUGGCCGUGAUUGCGUGGACGCAGUGCUGCAACCCGCCGGCCGGAACAGCGGACGAAGUGGCCGGCUACAGGCGCGAAAAGGCGAACCAGUGCCAGGAGCACCUGGAAAAAGUAAAAGCGUGGGAGACGUUUGUGCUCGACGCAAGAGUGGGCAUGCGCGUGCAGAGCGGGCUAGAAACCCUGAAAUGGUUCAAAAAGAAGCAUGGCUGGGCGUGA